AUGAAGCCUGAUUCUUCAUCUAUUGGUUCUUUGCCCGUUAAAAUCCUGUGCUUUGUCUUCCAUCUCUUGGGCCCCUUUGGCCUUGUUUCCAUCAACCAGACCAGCUCCAAGUUCCACAAAAGAGUUCAGCCACAACGAACCCAUUUUACUGUAGAGGUUGCUUGA